UUUGACUUUGAGGUUUGAAGACUUUGAGGUUAUAUUUCGGUAGUACUCUAAUUUACGUAGUAUUUCUAAGUAUUCUGUGUCUAAUUUCAAAGAAAUAGUUGAACGUUUGGUCUAUCGUUAGAAAAAUUAAUGAUAGUGACGAUGAAAAUAAUAACAGCCUUGUGCAUAAAACAAAGAAUAAGAAACACAAGAAAACAGGAAGAAUGCGGGAUGUGAUGAAAAACAGCCGGGAGAUAAUUCAUCAACCAAUUCAAGAUUUUGAAAUCAUGUAAAGGCGUCAUCCACUUGAUCAGAUAUUCUACGCAAGUCUUAUACAUAUUUUUAAGGUCGUGCUUGAAAACUUCUUGGUUUUCCGCAGUGCAACGCUCACACUUUAAGUGGCAUGAAGUUUGCGUUCGCUCGUGCAACUAAAAUUUCAUGUGUGGAUUCCAGGAUUCUUUUAAUAUCUAAAACAGAAUUGUUUUCUUUUUCGAUGUCUUCAAUUUUCAUCUGAAAUAUUGACAUUAAUGAGUGAACAAGAAAUAAAUAAACUUCGCUGAAUUCAUUUUCAAAAAAGUUCUUCAAAGUAAUUGGUACACCAGGAGUAGAUAAAAAGUACCGCUUCAACGGUUCAUACAUGCAGUGUUGGAAUCGGCAAAUAUAGCCUUAACCAGUUGGCUGGUGCAAUCCAUAGAUUUAAAUGACUGGUGAUGUUUCACUGUGUGGAAAGCUAAUGCCGGCCAUACACGCUACGGUCUACCGGAAAGGUCCACCUGUGCAGGUAUGCCUGCGCAGGUCAACCGAACAUUGGUAGCGUGUAUGGGUACGUUCCGGUGUAUCGGAGCGGUCUUCAGUUCUUUUUGCGAUGGCAUCGAAUGUGGACGAAGACACGCUGGCAUUGCUAGGUCUUGCUUUAAUUUUGAAGAUGAAUAAUACGAAAAAGAAGCGAAAAAAGUGGUGUAAGCAUUGGUUAUUGAAAAGAAAAACAUAUAGUCAUGUUAAUUUAUUAAGUGAAUUGAAAUUUGAACCAGAAGAUUUUAAAAACUAUCUUCGAAUGGACGAGAAAACAUACCUUAAAUUACUUGAAAUGGUUACUCCUAUGAUAAAAAAAGAAGACACAGUUAUGAGAAAUAGUAUUUCUGCGCACGAAAGAUUAUCAGUCACAUUGAGAUUUCUCGCAACUGGCAGAAGCUAUGAGGAUCUAAAAUUUUCAGCAAUUAUUUCGCCUCAGGCACUUGGAAAAAUUAUUCCUGAAACAUGUGAGGCUUUAUAUAAAGUACUCAGAAGAGAUUAUUUUAAGUUUCCUAAAUCUGAAGAAGAGUGGAAAGAAAUAGCAAAGAUGUAUGAAGAACGAUGGAACUUUCCUCAUUGUCUUGGUGCAAUAGAUGGAAAGCACAUAUCGAUUGUUCCACCGGCUAAUAGUGGAUCGUAUUUUUAUAAUUAUAAAGGGCAACAUAGUGUGGUUCUUAUGGCAAUUGUUAAUGCAAAAUACCAAUUUAUUUAUAUAGACGUUGGCAUGAAUGGCAGAAUAUCCGAUGGAGGGGUUCUACAAAACACUAAAUUUUUUGAAAAAUUAGAAAAUAGUGAUUUACAUAUUCCAAGCAGUGAAUUGUUAACAGGAAGUAACCGAAAUUUACCAUAUGUAUUUGUGGCAGAUGACGCGUUCCCAUUACGCCCCGAUAUGAUAAAACCGUUUCGACAGGCAGAUUUAACAUCGCAAGAAAGAAGAAUCCUGAAUUACAGAUUAUCUCGCGCGAGACGGACUGUUGAAAACGCUUUCGGGAUAAUGGCAUCACGAUUUCGGAUAUUUUAUACUCAUAUAAAUUUAGAACCCGAAAAUAUCGAUAAAGUAGUGAAAGCAUCUUGUGUAUUACAUAACUUUUUAAUUGAACACUCAAAAAAGUCUUAUGCACCUCAAAAAUGUUUUUAUCGAGAAAACUCUGAAAACGGGACUAUAAUAUCUGAAGGAUACAAUACACAAAAUAGCACCAUGGUAAACUUGGAAAGAAGAAACCCAGGAAAUACUUUGAACAACGCGAAGAUAGUCCGAAACAAUUUUAUGAAUUAUUUCAAUCAGGAGGGAAGGGUACCAUGGCAAAAUGAUCAUGUAAAUUAAAUAAUACCUAAGGCUGAACGGGCAGAGUAGGUACAUAGUUCUAAAUAGUUAUAGUUGUAAAUAAUUAUGUUAUUAUUAUAUUACUUAAUAAAAAAAAAUACUAC